CUUUGGCCAGAUCAGUUCGAGUCGGAUCGUCGCGCAGAAAAGACGCACAUUGCACGUUGUCCCGCACGUGUGUGUUUAUUUGGCCAACAAAUGGAAAACGAGAAUCAUUCUCAUGUGAAACAAGUUAUUUAAUUGGGUUCAAUCUCUCUCUGGACGUGUGAUCAGUGUAUAGCGGAGUGAAAAAGGGGCACCCGAACGGGCAGAAAAUAACAUUUGAAAGCUUGCCUCGCGAAGAGUGAAGAAAAGGCAUAUCGCAGAUACGAGCGGUGUGUAUUACGGCAAAGAGUGUGCAGCGACGAAGGGGAAAAAAUGUAACAACCUUUUGCCUUGGUGAAGCCGUGUGAAAUGAACUGAGUAAGAAGUGCAGAGAAAGGCUCAGCAAUCAAAGUGUGCGCCGCCCGAAGAAGGAGUGAAUAUUUUUCGAUAUAAUAUAAAACCGUGCGGCGGAAAUUAGAAUUGUGAUCGUCGAAACAUGCGACGUAUUUCGUGAUUGCGACCAGAAAAAAAAUAUUGCACUUUGUGUACAUCGAAAGUAGAGUAGAAAAUCAAUAUUUUAGUGAGCAGAAUAAAACAGAUCAUCGACUCUCGGAAGGAGUGCAGGAGAAGAUCGUGAAAGUUGAAACAUGUUCGGUUUAUGAUAUCCACCGGAGAAAAUUUAGUUUAAAGUAUUGUGAAGAAGCAGCAAACAAAAGUAGUGUGUAUAGUUUACAAUUGCAGCCCAAGUUCAGUCCUCGCUCCAAUAUGGAAAGCUACAGGACUUCAGCGGCGCUCGGUUUGAUGCUAUCGGCGCUAUCGGUGGUGUUGAGCUCACAGUGUAACUGGGAGUACGAGAAGGCAAGUGUUUCCUGUCGCCUGCGGACACUCGAGCGCACCGGGCUGGACUUACAAGGUGCCGAAGGUACCUCCCGGCUCGAUAUUCAGUGUAGUGAGUUGAUACUGUUCGAGAGUCAGUUGCCACAAAAUUCAUUCCUGCGUUUGGCGAGUUUAAGUGAACUGAAAAUUGAAUCGUGCAAAUUGCUAACCCUUCCCGAGGGAGCCUUUGAGGGUUUGCUGGCGCUGAAGAAGCUUAGUGUGAACACCAGAAACUAUGAGUGGGGCUCCGGCAAAGUGUUGGAGCUGCAAAGUCUCUCCAUGCAAGGACUCAAAGAACUGCAAACGUUGGACUUGAGUGAUAACAAUAUUCGUGCGCUGCCGGAUGGCUUUCUGUGUCCGCUCACAAGCUUGAAAGUGCUGAAUCUGACCAACAAUCGGAUUCGUUCCACCGAGAGCCUCGGGCUAAACGGGAAAACGUGCAGUGGUGGAUCGGAAAUCCAAACGCUGAAUCUCAGCUUCAACGAAAUUAUGAAAAUCCCGGAAAACUGGGGAGUGUCACGAUUGCGACGGCUGCAGCAUCUCAAUCUAGAGUAUAACAAUAUUUCCGAGAUCAACGGUGAGGCGCUGGCUGGUUUGAGUUCACUCCGAACUUUGAAUCUGAGCUACAAUCAUCUCGAAACGCUGCCGGGUGGAUUAUUGGUGGGCUCUCGUGAACUACGUGAAAUUCACCUGCAGGGAAACCAACUGUACGAGCUGCCCCGUGGCUUGUUCCAUCGUCUUGAGCAGCUACUGGUGCUCGAUUUGUCUCGCAACCAACUGUCCUCGCAUCACGUCGAUAACGGAACAUUCUCCGGUUUGAUUCGCCUGGUGGUUUUAAAUCUGGCCCACAAUGCGCUCACCCGAAUCGACAGCAAGACGUUCAAAGAGCUCUAUUUUCUGCAAAUUUUGGACCUUCGCAACAACUCAAUCGGGUACAUCGAAGACAAUGCUUUCCUACCGUUGUACAAUUUGCAUACGCUCAAUCUGGCCGAAAAUCGUCUGCACACCCUGGACGAUCGUCUAUUCAACGGACUGUACGUGCUUUCGAAGCUCACCCUGAACAACAAUCUGAUCAGCAUUGUCGAAAGGAACGUAUUCAAAAAUUGUUCCGACCUAAAGGAACUGGAUCUGAGCUCGAAUCAGCUCACCGAAGUGCCCCACGCGAUUCGUGAUCUAUCGGUGCUGCGGGCACUCGAUCUAGGCGAAAAUCAGAUAACCUACAUCGAGAACGGAACGUUCACAAAUUUGAACCAACUCACCGGACUGCGGAUGAUCGACAACCAAAUUGAAAACAUAACCGCUGGUAUGUUCAACGAUUUGCCCCGGCUGAGUGUGCUCAAUCUGGCGAAAAACCGUGUGCAGAAUAUCGAGCGGGGAUCGUUCGAUAAUAAUCUCGAUAUCGAGGCGAUAAGGCUGGAUGGAAACUUCCUCACCGACAUAAAUGGAAUUUUCGCCACCCUCUCGUCACUGCUGUGGUUAAACCUGGCGGAGAAUCAUCUCGUGUGGUUUGACUACGCUUUCAUCCCGAGCAAUCUCAAGUGGUUGGACAUCCAUGGCAAUUAUAUCGAGUCGCUGGGUAAUUACUACAAAAUUCAGGAGGAAAUCAAAGUGAAAACGCUGGACGCCAGCCAUAACCGGCUUACCGAUAUUGGCCCGAUGAAUGUUCCGAACAGCGUCGAGCUGCUAUUUAUCAACGAUAACCACAUCGGCACCAUCCAUGCCAACACCUUCAUCGAUAAAAUUAAUUUGGCGCGCGUUGAUCUGUACGCUAAUUCGUUGAAAAAGCUGCAGCUGCACCAGCUCCGCGUUGCACCCCAGCCAGCCGAUAAACCACUGCCGGAGUUUUAUCUCGGAGGCAAUCCGUUCGAGUGCGAUUGUUCGAUGGAGUGGAUGCAGCGGGUGAACAAUCUGACAGCCCGGCAGCAUCCCAAAAUCAUGGAUCUUCCCAACGUGGAGUGCAUCAUGCCGCACGCCCGUGGAUCCCCGAUCCGUCCGAUCGUUUCCCUCAAGCCAAAGGACUUUCUGUGUAAAUACGAAACGCACUGUUUUGCCUUGUGCCAUUGCUGCGAUUUCGACGCGUGUGAUUGCGAGAUGACUUGUCCGAACAAUUGUACGUGCUAUCAUGACCAAACCUGGGGCACGAACGUUGUUGAUUGUGGUAACCAGCGGGCAACGCUUUCGAAACCGGUUCCGAUGGACGCUACCGAGGUUUACAUGGACGGUAAUGAUUAUCCGGAGUUGCAAAAUCAUGCGUUUAUCGGGAGGAAAAAUCUGAAAGUACUGUUCGCCAAUGCCAGCAAGAUUAUCACCAUUCAAAAUCGGACAUUCACUGGGCUCACCGCGCUCCAGGUGCUCCAUCUGGAAGAUAACGCCAUCCAGAAGAUUCACGGCUAUGAGUUUGAAAACCUGGGCCUGCUGAAGGAGCUGUAUCUGCAGAAUAACAUGAUUUCAGUGAUAGCUAACAACUCAUUCGCACCGCUGUACUCGCUGCAGGUGCUACGGAUCGAUGGCAACCGGCUGUCCACCAUUCCGAUGGCACAACUCCAGGCAACGCAGCUGCAGAGUUUGCAGGCGCUCUCACUCGGGCGUAAUUACUGGAGCUGUCGGUGUCGGUUUAUGCAAGAACUGACGUCGUUCGUGGCGGACAAUGCCGUUAUCAUUCAAGACAUGCAGGACAUUUACUGUGUUGAUGAUGGAAUCCAUCGAGAUCUGGAUUUCAAUGUGACCGCCACCUGCAGUGAUUACUAUGCUGGAAGUUCCGUGCUGCCGGAAAGACUCUCGGAAACGUACAUUUUUCUGUUGGCCGCGGCGCUCAUAAUCGCUUGUUUGCUAGUGUUUGCCCUGGUAAUGUUUAUUUUUCGUGAGCCACUGAGGUUUUGGCUGUUUUCACGGUAUGGGGUGCGAGUGUUUGGGCCACGGUGUGAAGAUUCGGAGAAGCUCUAUGAUGCCAUAUUCAUCUAUUCCGCCAAGGACGCCGAGUAUGUGGCGAGGAAUAUCGCCGCCGAGCUUGAGAAUGGUCGGCCUCCGUUGAGAUUGUGUUUGCAGCAUCGAGAUCUCUCGGAGGAUGCGACCCAUUUGCAGCUCCUAGAGGCAUCCCGGGCCUCGCGAAGAAUUGUGAUACUGUUGUCGAGAAAUUUCCUCCAAACCGAGUGGAGUCGCUGUGAGCUGCGUCGUGCGGUUCACGACGCUCUGCGUGGAAGGCCCCAUAAGCUGGUGGUGCUCGAAGAAGUUGGCGUGAUUCUGGAAGCGGAAAACGACGUCGAACUAGUUCCUUAUCUGAAAACAACCACUGUGAAUAGAAUCAAACGCAACGAUCGGCACUUUUGGGAGAAACUUCGGUACGCACUGCCAGUGGAAGCGCCCUAUCGGGGCAACAAUUACACGAUAGAUCAUCACGAGCGCGUGAAGCAAACUGCCAGUGCCGGUGUUAUGUUCCGCCAAGCACCUCCGGCCUACUGUCCGGAGAUUGACGAGGCUAAUUACUCGUCGGCGACAACCGCAACGCCAAGCCCUCGGCCGUCGCGACGGGGCAUGGUGGAGCUUCCCCAGCGGCCACCCAGUGAGCACAUCUACUCCAGCAUCGAUUCCGACUACAGCACGCUGGAGUGCGAAAACAUGGUUCCUGGAGUGCAUCGGCCCCAGACGUGGCGACCCGGUGGCAUCGGUGGGGGCAACGGUGGCGUCAUGUCUGGCCAAAAUACGGUUCCCCAUGGGCAUCAUGUGCAGGCAUAUCUUGUCUAGGGGCGGCUGAGAUCGACCAGUUCGAUGACGAGAAAGCGAAAACGAAAUAGUCAAGCAUUGUAAUAGUAUGUGUGUAAAUAUAUAUAGUUGUAUCAUAGCGCUAUUGGGAAAAGAAAUGAGUUGCUAAGUGAAUAUAAAUAGGAGAGCGAAGAAAAAGUGCUAAAUUAUGUAUAAAAUUGUAACGCGAAGUAUUGAGGCAAAAUACUACAAAACAAGUGAAGAUGAAGAGAAAACUAUUUGUGAUAUUGUAUUUGAUAAGUUUUAAUUAUAAUUCAAAAAAGAAGGAAUGAAAACAAAAUGUCAGCUGAUAUAGUUUGAAAUAUGCCACAAAUAUACAGAAAAAAAAACGCUCCAAAAACUACUGUAACUAUUAGCUACUAAUAUAUAUCAACAUAUAUCAUACACAGAAAUACAACCGAAAGAUGAAGCGAGGAGCCCUUGAGAACACUUGUAUUUUUAAUUAUCCUCUCGAAAAACAUCAAUAGCUACAAACAGAAAAAAAACACACAAAAAUCCGAAUCCGAAGGAGAAAAUGUUGCAUUUUACGAAAGGAAAAAAAAAACAGUUUCAAAAACACCACAUUACAAGCUUGAAUCAAAACUAUUGGCAUGUUUUAUGUUACUUCAUUAAGUUUGUGAAUAUAUUUUGGCAACACUUGUCGGAGUUUGCGAAAGCAGUGGAAAGUGAACAAAUUUGUAAAGCUAAUCCCGUAGUUGUUCGUGUCCGUGUAGUUCCCCUGUAAUUAUUAUUUAAAUUAUUUAUUGCUAUUUAACCGAGGAUUCGCCAAUUCCUAUCCGCAGAGGUGUGUGUGUGUGUACAGGAGACGGAAGAGCUAACCGCGUUGUUGGUUCUCAAUGUUUAGAGCUUUUGUUAUGGCGCAAAGCAGGAAAAGCGAUGCCGCAGAAAAUAAAAAAAACGGACUGAUAUGAGCGAAUAUUAGGUGUUAAUUAUGCAUGACGAGCGCGCAAGCUGUGUAUAGUGCGAGGAAAGAUUGAAACGGUUGUUUUUUUUGUGUAAAUAUCAACGCGCCUAUUGGGAAAAAGUCUACAAAUACGAGAGAACGCAACUAUGUAAAAUGUAUUAAUGCUAAGAACGAACUAAAACAAAAGAACUUAUCAUUAAACACAACACAACACAUGGAAUAGAUAGUAAGAGAGAGUAAACGAACAGAGCAAAUCGUGUGACCAGACUGAUUAAUUAAAAUGUUACACCAUACCUGUGCACGGGGAGCGGGGCGGGGGCAGGGGGAAAAUU